AUGGGCCUUUGCAUCCUCCGCGCUUUGGAUAUGGCCGACCGCCUCCUAUUGGUACAUUCGACGCUUGUUCCGUUGCUGGUCGCUUCUAAAGUUGAUCUCAUGGUGGGGUUGGAGGCGCCUUUGGAGGACAAGAAACUGCCUGAUGAAGAGAAGACUGCUUUGCCACGGCCCUAUGACCGUUACCACGAGGACGAUGGGGCGCUGGACGUGCGGGAGAUUCAAGCCGCGAUUCGGAAGGAGGAGCAAGAAGAGAUCUCGGAAGAUGCAAACCUUUUGGCCAAGGAGCGCUUGGCCAAUGCUCAGGCAUCCGUGAACACCAAUGCCGAUGAGCAGCGACGCGCACGGCAUUUGACCCGCGACGCGGAAGCUGCAGAAGCCCGAACGCCAGCGAAGUCGGCGCAGGGCUUCAGCUACAAGACCUCCUCGCCCGUCACUGCUCCGGCUCCGACCUUCGCUGCUGCUGUCUCGCCGGCGCCUGCGGCGACCGCUGAGCCCAAGAAGAUUACCAUGGAAGAAGCACAGAAAGGUGUCUAUGUCCCAGGCGAGAUCGAGCCCUCGCAAACGCGCAUGUACGACCCCCGCUUUCACAUGUAG